UCGGUGAUCAGUUAAGCAAGCGUAUAUCAUGAACAGGCUUUUGAAUAUUUGAGUUGAAGUUCCGAACUCGGAUUUACCAUUGAAAAGAGAAAAUAAAUAUAAGAUGGUACGCGCGGCAACUAUUGCGGCUACAUCGCCGGCCGGCCGUCCAGGUAGAGCACAAGCAAGAUCAACUUCUAUAGGAAGUUUUCGUGCCGGCUCACCUUUACCCUCUCUCCCAACAAACAGGCUAUCCUCGACACUUCGCCGUCUGUCUUCUCAGCAUCAUUACCAGACAUUUCCAACGGCACCACCGAGGACGGCCGGCCGGAGACCGGAUACCGGUUCAACCUCAUCCGACUCUCAUGCUCAUGAUAACCACGGCGCGACGACGCCUCUGCCUGUCAAGCAGUUGGCUCUCUUGGCCCUUUUAUCAUUAUCCGAGCAGACAGCACUUAACUCCAUAUCGCCCUAUCUGCCAGAGAUGAUCGAGUCAUUUCCUGGAAUCGGUCAUGACCAGGUUGGCUUAUACGUCGGUCUACUAGCUUCCUCAUUUGCGCUGGCUCAGCUAGCAACUAAUCUCCUAUGGGGAUACUUGUCGGAUAUUAUCGGUCGGAAGCCCGUCAUGCUACUCGGCACUUUACUUCUAUGCUUUUGUUUUGCAGCUUUCGGAUUUUGUACUCGGUAUUUUCAUAUCGUCUUGGUACACAUAGCUAUGGGACUGUUCAAUGGCAAUGCGGCUGUAGUGCCCACCUGCCUAGGAGAACUAACCGACCGGAGCAACCAGAGCAAGGCUUUCACUUGGUUACCUGUUGUCUACAGCCUGGGUAGUAUUACUGGCCCAGCGCUUGGUGGACUACUGGCGGGCAGGUUUGCAAAAGACAGUUAUCCAUUCUUAGCCCCGAAUAUACUAGGAGCUUCGCUUCUGGCGCUCAGCGUGAUUGUUUUGGGUAUCUGGUUUGAGGAAACCUUGGAAGAUCAGGGGGACAUCCCAGACUGGCUCGAGAGACUGUCCUGGUUCUCUGGUUCUAAUAAGCACGCUCAUAAUGGAUCUAAACGUUCAUUGGCUUCUCCCGAAGGUAGAGACGCCGACAACGAGCAGGGAGAGGCUAACGAGGAGGAUGUGGGAGAGGAGACUACUCUACUAGAAUCUCAUGGGGACGAACAGAGCAGCGACGACGCGAAAUUAUCGCAUGAUACACCAACGUGGCGGCAACUCUUAAACCGGACGACGAUAAUCCUUCUUACCACACAUUUGGUUUUCCAGUUAUCAAAUAGCUCCUUCAAUAGUCUAUACCCUAUAUUUGCGUCCGGAAAGACGCCCACGGGCAGGGACCUACACGCGGACGUUAUCGGCGUAUCCCUCUCCGUCGCGGGAGCAUUCACCAUACUAUUUCAAUUAUUCCUUUUUAGGCCAUUGAAGUCGCGCCUAGGGAAUGUUAGGUCCUAUCGAGGUUCCCUACUCGGUUUCGCGGUGACAAUGGCAUUGAUGCCGUUUGUCGGUUACGUAGAUUCAAGCCCACCGUUUGGAGUUGGCGAUAGCAAAACAUGGUUGUACCUAGAAAUUGGCGUCGUAUUGAUCAUUAAGAAUAUCUGCGCUGUUGGCGGUUUAUCAAGCGUCAUGUUGCUGAUAACAAAUUCGGCACCAACCCACGCAAGCCUAGGCACACUCAAUGGCAUCGCGCAGACUCUCUCAGCUGCUGGCAGGAGUGUAGGCCCUUUCCUUUCCGGCGGGCUCUAUACUGUCUCAACUCAUGUUCAGCCGAAGGGCGAGGCUCUUGCUUGGGGCUUAUUCGCAGGAGUAGCACUUGCUGGGUGGCUAGGAAGUUACGCCAUUCAUGGCGAAGGUCUUGAAAGUACGGACGAUGGAUACGAAGAGGAGACUGAUGUCGACGAACACCAAAACCAGAGCAAUGACGCAUGAUGCUAUUCUGAUAUAUAAGAUAGGAACGUCGAUAGCGUAUGCUUACAUGGGUCUGUUGAAGGCGUCGAACUCGGAAGAUACUAUAAAGGUGUAACGACUAGCUUCUAUACUCACGCAUGUCUUGUAUGAUCUCGGCGGCGAUAAGAGAAGGCUACACCGCCACGCAACACUACCAAUAGUAGUGGCUGAUUUUAUUAAUAUUUAGCGGGAAUGCAUUGAAUUCGCAGAUUGGAAGUCCUUGGGUUCGCCUACUCACCGAGCAAAAGGAUUAUGUGAUACAAGAGAGGAUAUGCCCUUGGAUGGUAAUCGCUAUUGAUGUUCAAGCCGCUUCACCUUA